AUGAAGGAAGGGUACGAGCACGAAGACGACACCCAGUUGGCGGCGAUGGGUCAUCGGCCCGAACUACAGCGAAACUUUUCUACAUUCCAUGGACACGGGAGCUCAAACCUAACGGCGAGCCUGGUCACGGCCGGAGUAUGCAACUUGUGCAUUGCAGCCUCUUUGGCUGAGUUUUUGUCCGCCUAUCCCACGGCUGGUGGACAGUAUCAUUGGGUGGCUGUAUCUUGGCCUAAAUGGGUUCCUAUACUGUCUUGGAUCACCGGCUGGAUCAACGUCGCGGGAUGGGCAUACGACCCGCAAAGAUGGCACCAAUUCCUGAUUUACAUCGGACUGACCUUGCUGUCCUUCGUUAUAAAUGCUUCCAUGAACUCGCUGCUUCCUGUUAUUUACCACGGGGCCUUCAUGUGGUCGAUUGGUGGCUUCGUCAUCGUGUCCAUUACUGUCCUGGCAUGUGCGUCGCCCGAUUUUAACUCGGCCUAUUUUGUUUUCUGCAACUUCAUCAACCAAACAGGCUGGCCUGAUGGUAUUGCCUGGCUGCUCGGUCUUCUCCAAGGCGGACUUGGCGUCACUGCUUUUGAUGCGGUCGCACACAUGAUUGAAGAGAUCCCCCAUGCUGCUGCCGAGGGACCCAAAAUCAUGGUCGUCUGUGUCGGAAUCGGCACAUUCACCGGCGCAAUUUUCCUCAUUGUCUUGUUGUUCGUCUCCGGGAACAUCGACGACGUCAUCAGCUCCAGCGCUGGUCCGCUGCUUCAGAUCUUGAUUCAUGCGACAAAAAGCAACGCCGGAGCCAUAUGUUUGCUGAUGCUGCCGCUGGUGUGUCUUGUCUUCGCAACGCUCAGUGUAAUGACAACUAGCAGCCGAAUGAUCUUUGCAUUUGCAAGGGACGGUGGUCUGCCUGCCUCGAAAUUCUUCGCCAAGGUUCAUACCAGACUCGGACUUCCCCUGAACGCUCUGAUCCUCACCUCGGUUAUUGUGAUCCUAUUUGGCCUGAUAUUUCUAGGUUCAACCAGCGCCUUUAAUGCCAUCAUCUCGGCAUCCGUUGUUGCCCUUGAUCUAUCAUAUGCAAUGCCCAUUGCUGUAAAUUUCAUUCAGGGUCGCAAUGCUCUGCCGGACCGAAAGUGGAAGCUGCCCCGGUGGUUCGGAUGGACCGCUGACUGCAUUUCACUGUCAUAUAUUUCACUCACCACGGUAUUGUUUCUAUUCCCCCCCGGACUCCCUGUAACGGGGAGCAAUAUGAAUUACUGCAUUGUUGCAUUUGCCAUCAUCAUCACAAUAUCUGUUUUUCAAUGGAUCGUAGAUGGACGGAAGAACUUCACAGGGCCGCGAGUGAACCUCGUUCCAGAGCGCGCGAUGCAACCUCCCACCCAGUCUUGA